AUUACCCGAGGCCUUUUCAUUGUGCUUGAAAUCAAAACGAGGUUGCUGUCUCUAUAUGUUUACACUUGAAACCGUGCGGAAAUGUGCUGUAAAGUCGUCGUUAGUUCGCGUUAGCUGGAUUACUAACGUUAGAGGCUGCAGUAAAAGUUGAGAUGGGAAAAGCUGUAGCUAACGUUAUCUCAAUACGUGCGCCGGGUUUUGUUCUGUCCUCGACUGGAGCUGUCCCCGGAAAUGUCUUAAUACAUCCGCAAAUACAUUGCUAAAAAGUUUGACCAUUAUAAGGCAGUAAUAAUACCACAUGAGUAUUCAGUGAUAUUUUGGUUUCUAUUUCACAAAUCUGGUCACCACAGCAUUUUUGGCCAUCGGAAUCACACCGGUCUAGACAGGCAUCAUCACCUAUAGGUUUAUUGGAUCUUUGACAUGAGAUCAUGAGCCUGUGUUUUCGGUCUUGUGUUGAUAAACAUGUUCUGACAGCUGAGGAUAACGAGUGCUUUAUUAUUAGAUCCAUUACAAUUCCACAACUAUUCUGAUGGCUCACAGUUGUGUUAUUUAUCUCUGUAGUAACUAACGUACAUUGCAACUGCAUAACAUAGAUCACAUAAAAACAACGUAUUGUCUGUAUUGGGCCUAUUUUAAAUCAAACUCAAUAAUUCAAAUCAUUUUCUGGGAGAUAAAAAGGAUUUUAGAAGGAAGUACAGUGUUAUGCUGUUCUUUUUACAGUUUGACACAUGCCUUGGGAAAAAAUAUAACUACCACCUACUUCAUGAAAUAUCUGAAUUUAAAGGGGUCAUGAAUUGAUAAAUACAAUUUUAUUUGAUCUUUCAACAUGUAAGAGGUCAUUGUGCUAUACAAAUAUCCUGUUAGUUCCUCAUUAGUUCAAAAACAGAUUUUAUUGAAAGCAAGCUAAGAAAACUACUUGUUUCAGAUUUUGGCACAUUAUUACAUCAUUGUGGGAUGAAAGACGGCCUCUACAGAAGAUCAACGCCUACUUCUACACCAUUGCCUCUUUACCGGAGUCCUCCGAUUCACACGUGUCGUGUAGUAGUAAAUACGAGACAAACACAGGAUUGUUUACUCCAACAACAAAAUGAUAGAGGAUCUUCUGAGGAUUACAAAAUGUGAAAAGCACAGUCUUUGCAUUGCCAUCCUUAUGAUCCUACCAUUAAGAAAGCAUAGAUGAGCUUUAUUUUUAACCAAGUUUUAGUGAGAUCGUGUCAGUAAGACACUAUUCGUUUGUUUGCUUCAUUUUACUGCGGAUUUGUUUUUAAACAAGUCAAAUGCAGGCUUUUCUCAGAGACUGAAAAUAAAAGAUGAUGCAGUGAUGACUACAGAAGUCCCAGUGCGGAGAGCAUGGCGUCCCUGUGCCAGAGUCAGCAGCGCUGUUUGGAGGCUUCCAUCGCGUCCCAGUGGCAGCUGGCAGAAGCACAGGACCAGCUCUGCGGUCUGGAGCUCCACAGCUCGGAGUCUGUGGAGCAGGAGCGUGCACGAGCCCUGGCCUCCUCCGCUGAGCUCUCGCAGACCGAACAGGAGUGGAGACAUAAGGAGAGGAUGCUGGGAAGAAGCCCCACUCUGUGUCCUGAGGCCAGCCGAGAUGUGUUUAACAAGAGUAUUAUAAACAUGUCACAGUCUUGGCCUAAUGAAUCUGAUCAUGAUAAGAACUUGGGCUUCAACCAGUGCAAUGAAGAACUCUUGAAACAUUUUGGUAUGUUGAGGAGGUGGGAUGAUAGUCAGCGCUUUCUAGCAGAGUACCACCAUCUCAUCUGUGAAGAAACGGCCAAUUACCUGAUCCUGUGGUGCUUCCGUCUGCAGGCAGAGCAAAAAGAGGCCUUAAUGGAGCAGGUGGCUCAUCAGGCCGUCGUCAUGCAGUUUAUUCUGGAAAUGGCCCGCAACACACAGCAAGACCCACGAGGCUGCUUCCGUCAGUUCUUUCAGAAAGCCAAAGCUGGGCAGGAGGGAUAUUUGGAUGUCUUUCACACAGAACUCAUAGCUUUCAAGCAGCGAGUGAAAGAGUGUACCAUGAAAUCAAGAGGAGGAACUCCAAACGAGGCAGUGCACCAAAACACACCGCCAGGCUGUCGCCUCGACCCCAAGGAGGUUUUGGAGUCUUUGCCACCGGAGCUGAAAACAUGCAUCCAGAUGCAAGAUAUGCAGAUUCUUCAGAAUGUGCUGAGCAACAUGAACCCACAGGUGGCAGAAUACCACGUGAAGCGCUGCUUGGAGGCAGGAGUUUGGACGAAUAUACCACGAGCCUCCAAAGAGGAGAGUUCAGAAACGGACGAGUGGAGGAUGAUGGAGACCUAGCAGUGAAGACAAACCUUCAGUUGGAAAACGGCUUUGGGUCGGAGGAGGCUGCUGUGCUCAAAGACUUUUCUUUUGUAUCCGUGCCUGAAUGUGUGCUGCACUUUAUAUUUGUUUAAUAGAGAAAGUAUUUUAAAAAGAAGACAGGAAACUGUAUUUUGUUACAUUUCUGUUGCUCACUUUUCUGUUUUAGCCGUUUGAAAAAAAGUUUAGGAAAGUGCUACAAGCAGGAGUGCAAAGGGAAAACCCAAAUAUAUCCGCAUAGUUUGAACCUUUUUUGUUAUAAAUUGGUUUUAAAUCAACAAGAUCAGUGAUAUUUGAGAAGCCUUUUGCUGUUUUCUUUGUGUUUGAAGUUUUUGUUUCGUGUCUCCACCUUUGGAUUGUAAUCUAUAAGGUCCACUGCACGUUGAACUGCAGCUGCUAUCUGGGAAGUGUUUCAUGUGUGCAUGAACGCGGCAGAUAACAGUGGCUUCAUGCAGAUAGAGGAACGACACUGAGGCGGGGCAGGAACGCCCACUUUAUCGUCAUGCUGGGAGUGAGACCUUUGCAAAAAUUAAUUUCCAGGUCCAACUAUACGGCAUGAAACCAGCAAUGCAAUGUACUUACAGUUUGAAUGAAAGAGAUUCACAUUUAAGUUUGAUUUGAUAUCAAAAGCAAAAAAAUGGCAAACGUCAAAGCGAUAUUUCGUCUGAGGUUUUAAAUUCUGUCAUUAUUUUCUCACCCUCAUGUCGUUCCUAACCUGUAUGAUUUAUAUUAUAUACAAUGAAGGUUCAUGGGGUCCAAAGAAUGUUGUUUUGGACCCCAUUGACUUUCAAUAAAUGGUUAAAACAAAACAAAAAAAACAUUCUUCUAAAUAUGUAUAAUAUAAUAUUUUGUGUUCUACACAGAAGAGAGCAAGUCAUACAUGUUUGAAACAACAUGAGAGUUGUGUAAAACGAUGACAGAAUGUACUUUUUUGGAUGAACUGUCCUUCAGAAUAAGAUUUUGAGAGCUUUCCCUUACCAGAUUUUAGGAAACGUAUUCAUUGAUAUAAUUGCAUUGAGACCCUGCAGAAGCGGUUUGCGCAUCACAUCCAGCCAGUUUGCAUUGCUUGUACUGCACACAUUUACAGCAAACCUAGGAUUUGUGUUAUAAUAAAUGUGGUGAUAUUGUGCAAGUCUUUUACGAUCAGAUCAAACAAACUGAAUUAAAUCUUUAGACCCACA